CCGCUCCGCAGAACCCGAGCCCCAGCAAACAGUCGCCAGCUCCGAGCUCCGCACGCACCGCUAGCACCUUCUUCGCUCCAGGGCAGACCCACCCACCUGAAGCCAAGAUGUCCAGCAAGCGAGCCAAGGCCAAGACCACCAAGAAGCGGCCACAGCGAGCUACAUCCAAUGUCUUCGCCAUGUUUGACCAGUCCCAGAUCCAGGAGUUCAAGGAGGCCUUCAACAUGAUUGACCAGAACCGAGAUGGCUUCAUUGACAAGGAGGACCUGCAUGACAUGCUGGCCUCACUGGGGAAGAAUCCCACAGAUGAGUACCUGGAGGGCAUGAUGAGCGAAGCCCCGGGGCCCAUCAACUUCACCAUGUUCCUCACCAUGUUUGGGGAGAAGCUGAAUGGCACAGACCCUGAGGACGUGAUCCGCAACGCCUUCGCCUGCUUCGAUGAGGAAGCCUCAGGCUUUAUCCAUGAGGACCACCUACGGGAGCUGCUUACCACCAUGGGUGACCGAUUCACAGAUGAGGAAGUAGACGAGAUGUACCGGGAGGCACCCAUCGACAAGAAAGGCAACUUCAACUAUGUGGAGUUCACCCGCAUCCUCAAACAUGGCGCCAAGGAUAAAGAUGACUAGGCCUCCCAGCUCACAGUGCCUGGCCCCACCCCAUCACUACUCCCCACGCACUUAUCCUGACUAGCUCCAUGUCCCUAAGACCCCACCACCCUCUCUGUGGAUUCCCAGAGAAGGAAAUGGGCCACGGGAAGCACAGGACCAGGCAGAGAGGGCACACAGGCAUCGUGAGGCAGGUGCUCCACCAUGACACAAGAGACCCAAGGGUGUUCCUGAGCCCCGCAGCAAAGGACCAUUGUCUGAGGAGAGGAGCCAGAAGGCAGGAGGCACAGGAGAAGGUCCCUUGAGAGAGCCCAGGCAUUGGUCAUGGCCUGUCCACUCCUGGGAUGACCACCAGCCCCAGGAAGAAGGGCCGCUGUACCCUGGUGUUGCACACACUACUCCAUGCGCAUCCCCGUAUAAGCACAUGCGCUCACCACUGCCCUGCUCAGAGCCAGGGCAGCAGUCCCCUCCCCAUGCCAUCAGCUCUCAGAGCACAGAGCACAGCACCCCAUGCCACACCCAGGAGUGAGCUCCAGGAGGCUGGACAAAGGGACGUCAUCCCCCGAGGGAGGUAAAGUCUUCAAUAGAAGAUUGAGCACUGC